GAGAUCGCUCUGGGAGAGUGAGCGCAGAACAAGUCAGCUGCCUUACACACAUUUCUGAUGUGAAAAAGCAAAAACAGUCGCCAAUAUCCAGUCGCCAUUCACCUGCCUCCCUCCACAGAGAACAGGAACAAUAUUAUUCUCCAAUUUUAAGUCCACACAGGACAUCAGGAGGAUGGCAGGCCCAUUAAUGCAGUUGACCAAGUUCAAACCGAGUUCGGUACUCUUCCAGCAAGUCGCCGCUGUCCACAACCGUUCCAGGAUCGGCAACAGGGAUGUCGUCGGCUACGGUUUGAAUGGAGAAUACACCUACGUAGAUCACAUUGCUUUUCCCAUGCCUGCCAUCAGGUUUAAGGAAAACACUCCUGAAGUCAUGGCCCUGCGCGAGAAGGAAAAAGGGGACUGGAAGAAAAUGUCUGUGGAAGAGAAGAAAGCGCUUUAUCGAGCAAGCUUCUGUCAAACUUACAGUGAAAUGCGAGCACCUAACGGAGAAUGGAAAAGUAUUCUAGGUUGUACAUUAGGUCUGGUGGCAGCAAGCUAUUGGAUGUACAUGUGGGCGAAAGUGUUUGUGUACCCUCCAAUGCCAGACACGAUCACCAAUGAGGAGAAGCGAUCUGCCCAAUUGAAGCGCAUGAUUGAUAUCCGUGUCGACCCUGUGGAUGGUCUUACGUCAAACUGGGACUAUGAGAACAACAGAUGGAAAAAGUAAAUACUGCCAGUCAAAUAGAUUCCUCUAAAUUUUGUUGUACUUCAAGUUCAUGGAUUCUUCAACCAACUUGUAAUUAAAUCAAUCAUCGUGUCAUUAUUAUAACCGUGUUGAUGGCUCACAUCUUAAAUCAUAGCUUCUAUAUAAUUGGAUGAUUUUAAUUUAAUGAAAAGUAAUAAACGUCAUGUAGAAUGGAAAUAGCCAAA